AUGGCAUCAUUCGGUGAUUUACUAGGAGCUCCAAUCAUCUCAUAUACCUCAUUGCGUGUUGAUAAUCUUCACCCUGAUGUUAAUGAGGCUAUGUUAUUCGACAAAUUUGCAAGUGUUGGUCCAGUUUCAUCAAUUCGAGUCUUUCGUGAUAUAAUUACACGACGAUCACUUGGCUAUGCUGAAGUCAAUUUUCAACAAGCAGCUGAUGCUGAAUAUGCAUUCGAUACAAUGAAUUUUGGUUUACUUCAUGGUCGUCCAUUACAUAUUAUGCGGUGUCAACGUGAUUCAGCAUUACGUAAAUCGGAUGUUACCAAAGUUUUUAUUGAAAAUUUAGAUGAAAGAAUUGAUGAUAAAUUACUUUAUGAUACAUUUUCGGCUUUUGGCAAUGUCUUAUCAUGCAAAAUCAUGAUAAGAAAAAAUAAUCAAUCAAAAGGUUAUGGUUUCGUUCAUUUCGAAACACAAGAUGCAGCAGAUAAUGCUAUUAAAAAAGUCAAUGGUAUGUCAUUAGCUGACAAAAAAGUUCAUAUUGAAUAUGAUGAAAAUGGACAUUCAAAAGGUUUUGGUUUUUGUAGUUUUGAAAAUCCAAAAGAAGCUGAAGAAGCUGUUCAAAAUUUAAAUAGAUAUUCAAUUGGGGAUAAACAACUUUGGGUUGGCCGUUUUCAAACGAAAAGUGAACAAUUAUCGAACAUAACGCGUAAAAAAGAUUUACAACAACAGGAACGUAUGAAUGAAUAUCAAAAUGUUAAUUUAUACAAUUUAUACAUUAGCAAUUUGGAUGAUACUAUUGAUGAUGAACGAUUAAAAAAAGAAUUUUCAAAAUUUGGAACAAUAACUAGUGCUAAAGUUAUGGCAGAAAAUGGUCGAUCAAAAGGUUUUGGUUUCGUUUCUUUUAGUACAACGGAUGAAGCAGCAAAAGCUAUUACUGAAAUGAAUGGUUCUUUUGUCGGUUCUAAACCACUUUAUGUUGCAUUAGCUCAAAGAAAAAAAGAACGUCGUAUGCAUUUAACUAAUCAUCAUAUGCAAUAUAUUGCAACAGCACAUGUAUCACCACAAAUGGAAUUACCAUUUCCAAAUGAAAUGUGUCUUAUGAUGCCAUAUUUAUUAACACCAAUGGACCCAUCACAACCAUGUAACUUCUAUCCAUCAAUAGCAAUGCCAAUUUAUCAAUUCGCACAACCAUGUUGGUCAUCACCUGUAACUACCACCGAUGCUAUGAGAUCACAAACAAGUACUCAAAUGAUUGGUAUACAAAUCUCACCAUCAGCUAUGACUGAUGUUGGAUCUCGAUCAACAAUGCCAAUGGGAAUUCGACCAACAUCAAAAUCAGGACAAAUGAUGGCUGACACUUCUGUUCGACCAUGUGUUGGAGUACAAUCACAACAAGCAGCAGCUUAUACUCGUACAGCACGAAAUAUGCCACCUAAUAAUCCAACUGGAUUUUCAGAUUCAAUUGUAGUUACUGAACAAAAACCAUUAACAUUAGCUGCUCUUGCUAAUGCAACACCAUUAGAGCAAAAACAAAUGUUAGGUGAACGUUUAUUUCCAUUAAUUCAACAAAUUCAACUAGAAUUAGCUGGUAAAAUAACUGGCAUGCUUCUCGAAAUUGAUAAUACUGAACUUCUUCAUAUGCUCGAAUCAAGUGAAUUACUUAAAGCUAAAGUUGAACAAGCUAUUGCCAUACUUCAAACAUAUCAAGCCAAACAAGCAGCAACUAAUUCAGCUGCUCAAAAAAAUCAAAUAUCAUCAUUUAAAAAAAUAAAAAUAAAACAAAAUCCAAGCAAAUGCAUUGGCAUAUAUACAUACACAUAG